AAAACAGACAUGGUUUGCCCCGGUCGUUAUGCCAAGAGAACACUGGAACAACAGGAAUAACUUGACACUCUGCACUGCGAAGGAAGAAUAACACCUGCUGAUGAAGGGCAAAGAACAUAUUGAGAGUGAGAUGUAGAGUAAUUGACAGGUAAAGUCUUUGAUUUUAAACCUUACCGCUCGGACUUGAGGCAGUUCAACAUUGGCAUCCUUUCAACUAGAUAAGUAAGUAACAAGCCCUGCUCUCUUAACAUUACAGCCAAGUGUUUUAAGCUGCCUUGUCAUGGCUCUGAGAUCACUAAUGUUAGCCAUGUUGCUAACUCUGUGUUUGCUACAGCGAACUGGCCACUGGUGUCAGCAGGAAGGAGACAUAUUAUCCUUUCCGUUUUUUUCCCCAUUUCCUGUAGUGUUUUUACAUUCUUGCACAUAAAAGAAAUCUUGAAAAUAAAAAAGGUCAACAUCCACAUCAACAGAAGCUCCUAAAACUAGACUAGACUAAAAACUAAAUUUGCACAGAAGAAUUGGUUUAGCACCGCUGCUCUGUUGUUUGCGUUGCUGGGUCAGGCGUGUGUGAGCCGACCAAUCAGCGCAGACUGGGUAUUCAGUCUUAAAGAGACAUGAGCUAAAACAGAGCACUUCAGGCAGAGGGGGAAUGAAGUGUGAGAAGAUGUAUUGUUUUAGGUCUCAAGUGCGUAAACCUAUUCUAGUAGUAACCCAAAAUAAAAUUAUGAACCUGAAAAAGGGGAUAUUCUAUCUACGUAUGUGUGCCACCACUGGUUACUAGGACCAAAUAUGGAUUUUAAAAGGCUGAUUUGAAAACAAUGGUCAUUAGACUACAUCCAAGAUCUUCAAUUAGAAAAGUAGAUCACUGUUCAACUCACAGUAAUUGAUUAAUAUGUUAAAUAAGACCAAACUCAAAUUAAUGGGAUAGGAGCUAUUUUCAUUGUGCUGAAAUUGGCAUGUACUCCAAAACUAGCAAUUUUGCUGUUUUGUUUUUCUUUUUUUGCAGAGAUUUAGCCAUGUUAAUGCCAGGGCUGCCUCCCAACACAUGUUAAAUACCACCCAAUACAAUUGUUAUUGGUUUAAAUUGCAUCCCCCAGCAUUAACACAGUUUAAUAACAACUGAUGUAGUUAUCCACACUUCGUCUACUUCCUCACCUGUUAACUCAUAAACCACAUCUCAACUUGAUGUUUGCUUUAAUGAAUUUGAGAAGUAAGAUGUCCCAACAGUCCAGACUCGGACAGCAGAGAAGAGGAAGUUUCGAUGUUGUCUCACUUUAUUUGCAUCAUUUAGUUACAGAGGAAAUGAGAAAAACCACAAACACCCUCAACCCCACAUGACAUGACAAAAAAAAGUUUAAAAGAUAUUAAUUACAUUUUAGUAUUUAUUUAUCUUUAGUAUAUUGGUAUUGUGAUGGUGAAUUCAGCAUCCUGAAAGAAUAAACUUUCUCUUUAUUUUCCUGAAAUUCUUAUUUUCAUUGAAACCGGGGCGCUUACUGUAAAAUCCAAAGUCAAGAUGCUGCUGAUAAAAAGAAACAUCCACGCCCCGCCCAGCCAUUUACUCUCACUUCCCCUCUCGACCCAUGAAAAAGAGGACAGAGACAGCUAGCAGAGGAACAGUGUUCGGACAUUGUGUUUGAAGAAAGGAAGAUGAUCAGACUGCAAGAUUCUGGAUGAUUAAUCGGCUCUUCUUUAUGUGACACAGAUCACCUUCUGCAGUUUUAUUCACCUUGUGGACUUAACGUGGAGGAACCGAAGUUUAAAAAUGGGUCCUGGAGUAAAGGAGGAUAAAACCAGACCAAAAGGAGGACCAGAAUGCAUCAAACUAAGUAUUAUCUUCCUCUUGUUGAAUAUCAACCAUUUUGUCGCUCCGGUCACAGGAUAUUCACUGAGAAAUUGCCGAAUCAGUCAGGGAAAGGCCUUAUGUACCAAGAACAGGCAACAAGUCACGGAAGUUCCUCAGGAUAUUCCCUCAACAGUGGAAGGUAUUGACUUGUCGUCCAACAAAAUUUCUAAAAUACACGUUUCGGAUUUCAAAUUUUUUCCCGUUUUGACAACCUUGGACCUUAAUUCCAACAGAAUUACGCAGAUAGAUACUGGUGCAUUUGCGAAUCUGACUUCCCUCAAAAAGUUCAAUCUAAAUAAUAACAGACUUGAUGCACUUGGAGAUAAUCUUUUUUACGGUCUGAGCAACCUCGCAGAGCUGAGAAUCCAUGGCAAUAAAAUCAAAUCAGUAGCAUCCACUUCCUUUAAGUCCUUGAGGAGCUUGACGUUUUUGGAUAUCUCUAACAACAAACUGCAUCAACUGAAUAAUGUUCAUCUUAUAAUAAAGCACCUGCCAAAUCUACAAGUUCUGUAUCUGCAAUAUAAUGACAUCAAUUACUUUAAUUCCUGGGAACUGACAAACAGCUCACUUGGACUGACGUCACUUGAUUUAUCUCAAAAUGGCCUUAAGGUGUUUAACAUCACUGCAGAUAUUUUUCCAAAUCUCACCUGGUUUAACAUUGGCCAAUUUUCAUCGAAGAAAACGGUAAAAUGGGAUGUGCACAACAAAACCUUUCUCAGUCGAGUGUCUACUCUUGAUAUUAGUAGACUCCACUUGAAAAUGGAUGACAUGAAAGCGUUACUCGAGAGUGUCAACUCCUCUCUGAGUACUCUGAGGAUGACCGAAAUGAAACAUAACCUUUUAUUGACGCUAAUCAACAUUUCCUGCACCAUCCCAACGAUGUCCAAACUCCAACUCAGACAUAACCAACUCAGUGUUAUCCAGUCCCAUUUCUUUCAGUUGUGUGUUAACGUAACAGAAUUAGAUUUAUCAUACAAUCAAAUUCAAAACAUCGAAGACGGGGCCUUCAGAUCUACUCAGGGUAUAAAGAUCUUGACUUUGAGUCAUAACAGACUUUCAUCCGUUCCAACUCCCGUAAGGAAUCUAUCUAAUCUCACUGAGCUGGACCUCAGCAGUAAUGAAAUCACCAAACUUGAGUGUCAAAAUUUUGCCAACAUGACAAAGCUCCGACAUCUCCACCUUAGUAAUAAUUCAUUCCCAGCUCUACAAGACUGUCUUUUCAAGGAUUUAAUACAACUGCAAGAUUUAAAGCUGCAGAACAACUCCAUCUCUGACUUGAAAUCUGCUCUCAAAAAGUCCCUGCCAAAUCUCAGACAGCUGCAUUUGAAUCAGAAUAAACUCACCGCCAUUAAACAUGGGGACUUUAUGGGCUUGCGAUCCCUCCAGAACUUGUCGUUACAUGAAAAUCAGAUAAGGAAACUUGACAAAGGAUGUUUUAUUGGAUUGACGAAUCUUACAAAUCUUCAGCUGCAAGCAAAUAGCCUUGAAGAAGACUCCAUAAGACAUGGUACUUUUAAUAAUCUGAAAAAUUUAAGAAAAUUGGACUUGAGUAACAAUCAUAUUAGAUAUAAAAAAAGUUCAGCUUUGCAUCCUCCACCAUUUUCUAACCUGUCCCGUCUGGAGACGCUGGCUUUUUAUGUACAACGCCGCAGGGAGAGAGCCUAUCUGCCUUGCAACAUCCUGCAAGGUUUGACAAAUCUUUUGGUUUUCGAUAUGAGGAACCUUCACCUUCCAUCCUUUCCCAAAGACGUGUUUAAAUACACUCCUCAACUACAAACACUUGACAUAAGAUCGAAUGAACUUUCAGAUCUCUCUCCGGACUUGUUUUCCCCGAUUCAAAGCCUCGAAAAACUCUACAUAUCAACAACAAACCUUCGGUCUCUAGAUUUCCUUAUUGAUGCCAACCUUACUAAGCUGAAGUUCAUUGAGGCGAAAAAGAACCAACUUCAUGUUAUCAGAAAGGAAAUAAUCAAUUCUCUACCAGCUCUUGUUUAUCUGGAUCUCGAAGGCAACAGUUUCACCUGUGACUGCGAUAAUGUUUGGUUCCUUCUGUGGGUAAAAAAGAGCAACCAAACGCAAGUUUUUGAUGCCUACAACUUUGAGUGCAACUAUCCUGCAGUCAUGAGAGGUAGGAAACUGAUGGACUUUGACCCCCAGUCCUGCAAAGAUAAUAUCGACUUCAUCUGCUUCAUCUCCACCACGUCUACGAUCCUCCUCCUCAUGGUGGUGUCCUACACCUACCAUUUCCUGAGGUGGCAGCUGGCUUACGCCUACUACUUCUUCUUGGCUUUGCUCUUUGAUGCAAAGAAUAAAAACAGGCAAACUCACAAUCAGUAUGACGCCUUUAUCUCCUACAAUGCCCAUGAUGAGCCAUGGGUCAUCAGACAGCUGCUGCCAAAACUGGAAGAUGAGCAGGGCUGGAGAUUGUGUCUGCACCAUCGAGACUUUGAGCCAGGUAAACCCAUCAUAGACAACAUCACAGACGCCAUCUACGGCAGCAGGAAGACCAUCUGCGUCAUCAGUCGCAGAUACCUGGAGAGCGAGUGGUGCUCCAGAGAGAUCCAGGUGGCCAGCUUCCGUCUGUUCGAUGAGCAGAAGGACGUGCUGAUCCUCGUGUUUCUGGAGGACAUUCCCAGCUAUCAGCUCUCUCCUUACUACCGCAUGAGGAAGCUCCUGAAGAAGAAGUCCUACCUGAGCUGGCCUCGAGCCGGCGAGCACACCAAUCUGUUCUGGGAGAAACUCCGCCAGGCUCUGAAGACCAGCGAACAUCCCGAGGACGACAAGUUCCAACUAACUGUGGUGGACAGACCGUGACUGUGAGGGACAUACAAGCCUCUCUGUGAGGUUCACUGAACUUUUUUUCUUUUUGAACAUCUAAUUCCCCCGUGACAAGAUCAGCUGCUCUUACUGACCAAAGUUAAAUUGAAAAUAUACCAAGUUAUGACUAGGUAUAAGUGACAUUGUUAUUAGACUGGUGAGUAUGUGUCUGAGCAGGAGUCUGCCUGUGACUCCUCUGAUGGGGAGGUGAAGUCAUAAAGACAGUUAAUAAUUGGACGACAGAGAGUCUGAUAGAAAAACUAUGUAGUAUAUAAGAACAACAACUGGUCCAGACACUCUUUGUUAGUCACUCAACAGCUACAUAACUGUGGUUUCAGAGUCAAUAUCUCUUUAGAGUCCAACUGUACUUUUAAGUGACCCGAUAAGAUGUAAUGGUUACAUAUAUUGUUAUGUUAUAUAUUGUAGGUGAUGCUUCUCCAGGAGCUGAGCUGAGCUCAUGAAUAACUUGAGGUGGUUAUUCUCAGAGUGGUGUUGUAACAUUAUAUAACCGCCGUUAGUAGUGAAAUAUAAGAGUCUGUGUCAUAUAUUGAUGUUUUAUUCAGUAUCUAAAAAUGAAGCAGCUUUCAGGAAAACAGUACAAUUAUAAAAUGAUAUAUGUGUGACGUUUGUGUUGGAAAGUGUUAUUUUAACAACCAAAAAGCUAUUAUUUUAUGACAUGCAUCUACUUUUUGUUGUAACUUUUUUGGACCUUUUCAUUAUGAGCACAAGCUUUUCUAGUUUUUUCGAGUUGCGGCCUUAUUAUGUGACUUUUGACCCACUUAACAAUUGCUGUAAAGUAAGAUAGAAUCCUACAUAUUGUAUACAAUAAUGUAUGAUUAUGUGACAUUUAUGGUUUUUAUUCUAUGUUAUUUUAUCUAUACAGAUAAAAUCAAAUGCUGAAGUAUCAUGUUCAAGUGUUUUAUAAAUGUCACAAGUGUUCAAGUUGUAUAAAAGGUGUGAAAGGACCUGUGUGUGGACAGAACGGACACAUGUAUAAAUAAAUAUCUGUUUUAAUAAAUUCUUUGACAACAAUCA